AAUAACAACAGAGCCGCAGGCUCUGCCCCAUGAUUACGGCAACGUUGGUCUUUUUCGUCGAAGUGUAACGUUAGCAAAAAGUUUAGGGAAAUGAGGAAAGAGCGGUACAAUAAAUCGCAAUUGACAUAAGCGACUUUUUAAUUAUAUUAUUUUAAUAUGGAUUGUCCGUAAAAUGAAAUGAGUUGCCUGUGGAAUUUAUGAUAUCGAAGCACACCCUGGGAAGCUCCGGAAAGUAGAAAGUUAACGUUAACGGCUGGACUAAGAAAACAAAACGCAUUAUUACUACAGGAGACCUCCCUUAAAAGCAGCUACCAGAAGUUCAGAAGAGCCGCAGAAGAGGGAAUAAAAAGCACUAAACGCACAAGAGCGCUUAAGCCACAGGAGUGUGAAGAACCAGUACUCUUUUAGUGAACACGACGGCCUGGGCUCCCCAUCUCAGCUGUAGCACUGUCGAAGGACACAUUAAACCCUGUCUCCUACUCCCGACUGCCAAAGUAAACCAAUGUCACUUCAUCUGGACCACCCAGCAGGUCUUUUUUUGUAUGUCUUUUCCCCCUUUGCCCUCCCUUUGGCAAAUGUCUGACCAACUUUUCGGAUCUUCUUCGGGAUAUCAGCUUUUAUUAUGCCCUUCAAUGGAUGCCAAUGGCUCUCUGGUUAGCAUGCGAAGUGAGGACCAGUCCUCCCAUGUCCGCUACAGGAUGGAGGCCUCCUGCCUAGAGCUGGCCCUGGAGGGGGAGCGCCUCUGCAAGCUGGGCGACUACCAGGCCGGGGUCUCUUUCUUCGAGGCGGCCAUCCAGGUGGGCACGGAGGACCUGCAGGUGCUCAGCGCAGUCUACAGCCAGCUGGGCAAUGCCUACUUCCACCUGCACGACUUCGCCAAGGCGCUGGAGUUCCACCACCACGACCUCACCCUAACCAGGACCAUUGGGGAUCAGCUUGGCGAAGCUAAAGCCAGUGGGAACCUUGGGAACACUUUGAAGGCGCUGGGUCGCUUUGAUGAAGCUAUUGUUUGUUGUCAAAGGCACUUGGAUAUAGCCCAGGACCUGAACGAUAAGGUCGGCAAGGCGAGAGCACUUUAUAACUUUGGGAAUGUGUACCAUGCCAAGGGUAAGAGUAUCUGCUGGAGCGGGGCAGACCCAGGAGAUUUCCCAGAGGAGGUCAUGACAGCACUAAGAAGAGCCGCAGAUUACUAUGAUGGGAACCUGGCUAUUGUGAAGGAGCUUGGAGACCGGGCAGCCCAAGGCCGGACCUAUGGUAACCUGGGUAACACGCACUACCUGUUGGGAAACUUCCGGGGAGCAGUGGCGUUCCAUGAGCAGCGGCUGUUCAUAGCGAAGGAGUUUGGUGACCGGGCAGCGCAGAGACGAGCCUGCUGCAACCUGGGCAACGCUUUCAUCUUCCUGGGGGAAUUUGAAAUGGCAGCAGAAUACUACAAGAAGGCGCUGCAUUUGGCUCGGCAGCUGAAGGACCGGGCAGUGGAGGCUCAGGCCUGCUACAGCCUGGGAAACACCUACACCCUCCUGCACGACUACGAGAGGGCCAUUGACUACCACCUCAAACACCUCAUCAUUGCACAGGACCUCAACGACAGGAUCGGAGAAGGCCGGGCCUGUUGGAGUUUAGGGAAUGCACACACAGCCUUGGGAAACCACGACCAAGCCAUGCACUUUGCAGAGAAACAUCUAGAAAUCUGCAAAGAGACCGGGGACCGCACCGGAGAGCUGACGGCCCGCAUGAACGUGUCCGACCUGCAAAUGGUGCUGGGUCUGAGUUACAGCACCAACAACUCUGUCCUGUCAGAGAAAGAGAUCGACUACAACCGAGCAGGGGCACGGCCAAGAAUGAGCAGGCGCCACAGCAUGGAGAACCUGGAGCUGAUGAAACUAACUCCCGACAAGAUCAAUCGUGUGAUGGUCCAUGACUUGCGUACUUCUCGUACACAGGGACAGAAAUGGGCCAGUGACAUCCUGACCAAGCCAGCCAAGCCCAGCCUGGGCAAGUCCUCGUCCAGACUCUUCUUUGUGAACCGCUUCAGGGGGAAGAAACACAAGAGUGGCUCCACCAAAGUCCUGCAGGACAGCAGCAACACUCAGGACGCCACGCAGGGCCCCGGGCCUCAGAAGAGGGCGAGUGUGGACACGCUGGGAGACGAGAGCUUCUUUGACCUGCUCAGCCGUUUCCAGAGCAACCGCAUGGAUGACCAGCGCUGCGCCAUUCUGGACAGGAAAAGCAGCGCGUCUGCACCGUCCAGUCCCUCACGGACACCGCCCACCGGCAUGAAGAAAUCGUUCUCGGAGGCGUCCCCUGGCCAGGAGCCGUUCUUCAGCCUGGUGGCGAGCACUCAGGGCCGUCAGCUUGACGACCAGCGCGCGGGCACGGGCGGCAGCCUGCCAGGCCUGCGGCUGACGCAGCACAGGAGCCAAGCCGUGCUCAACCAGCUGAUGGCCAGCGCCGACAACAACGAACCCGACGACCAGUUCUUCGACAUGCUGGUCAAGUGCCAGGGUUCUCGUUUGGAUGACCAGCGGUGUGCCCCCCCACCUCCCCCCAGCAAAGGCCCCACGGUGCCCGACGAGGACUUCUUCAGCCUCAUUAUGCGCUCCCAGGCCAAGCGCAUGGACGAGCAGCGGGUCACUCUGCCCGCCAGCGCCAGCUGCCACCAGCUGUAGUGUCCGCCCUCACCCCAGCCGCCAUCACAGCUCGGCACAUCACAAACUGCUCCUGUACUGCAGCGCAUGCGCGUCCAUACAGGGUAUGCGUAUAGAUGGCGGUGCAGAGACCGUCAAAGAGUUUGGGGGUCAGUUAUAUCUCAGCGCUAGAAGAUUUCCAGGAAAUUAACUGGACGUGGAAUGGGAAAAUGGCUGUUUUUGUCAAAACGGCACAAUUUUCCUAAACUCAGGUUCCAUCCUCUGACCAGAUUUCUGAACAAACAGUACUACACUGUAAGAGUGUUUGGAAAAAUUGGUCUGUCAGAUUUUAUGUUUUUAUUUUUACAUUUACUGCAUAGUAUUCCAAUUUAACCCUUAGUGUAUCUAAGUGUUGAGAUACUUGACUGCAGUUUUGUGUAUUUAUUUUGGCUGAUUUCAUUUGAGUUUUUCUUCCUUUCAUCCUGUAAGUGUAUACUGCCACUUCACUUCUCCUUUCAUCCUGUAAGUGUACACUGCCACUUCACUUCUCCUUUCAUCCUGUAAGUGUACACUGCCACUUCACUUCUCCUUUCAUCCUGUAAGUGUAUACUGCCACUUCACUUCUCCUUUCAUCCUGUAAGUGUACACUGCCACUUCACUUCUCCUUUCAUCCUGUAAGUGUAUACUGCCACUUCACUUCUCCUUUCAUCCUGUAAGUGUAUACUGCCACUUCACUUCUCCUUUCAUCCUGUAAGUGUACACUGCCACUUCACUUCUCCUUUCAUCCUGUAAGUGUAUACUGCCACUUCACUUCUCCUUUCAUCCUGUAAGUGUAUACUGCCACUUCACUUCUCCUUUCAUCCUGUAAGUGUAUACUGCCACUUCACUUCUCCUUUCAUCCUGUAAGUGUACACUGCCACUUCACUUCUCCUUUCAUCCUGUAAGUGUACACUGCCACUUCACUUCUCCUUUCAUCCUGUAAGUGUAUACUGCCACUUCACUUCUCCUUUCAUCCUGUAAGUGUAUACUGCCACUUCACUUCUCCUUUCAUCCUGUAAGUGUAUACUGCCACUUCACUUCUCCUUUCAUCCUGUAAGUGUAUACUGCCACUUCACUUCUCCUUUCAUCCUGUAAGUGUAUACUGCCACUUCACUUCUCCUUUCAUCCUGUAAGUGUACACUGCCACUUCACUUCUCCUUUCAUCCUGUAAGUGUAUACUGCCACUUCACUUCUCCUUUCAUCCUGUAAGUGUAUACUGCCACUUCACUUCUCCUUUCAUCCUGUAAGUGUACACUGCCACUUCACUUCUCCUUUCAUCCUGUAAGUGUAUACUGCCACUUCACUUCUCCUUUCAUCCUGUAAGUGUACACUGCCACUUCACUUCUCCUUUCAUCCUGUAAGUGUAUACUGCCACUUCACUUCUCCUUUCAUCCUGUAAGUGUACACUGCCACUUCACUUCUCCUUUCAUCCUGUAAGUGUACACUGCCACUUCACUUCUCCUUUCAUCCUGUAAGUGUACACUGCCACUUCACUUCUCCUUUCAUCCUGUAAGUGUAUACUGCCACUUCACUUCUCCUUUCAUCCUGUAAGUGUACACUGCCACUUCACUUCUCCUUUCAUCCUGUAAGUGUAUACUGCCACUUCACUUCUCCUUUCAUCCUGUAAGUGUACACUGCCACUUCACUUCUCCUUUCAUCCUGUAAGUGUAUACUGCCACUUCACUUCUCUCUUAAGGUUUUUAAUUCCCACCAGAUUUCAUUGUAGAGUUUAGAAAGGUACAGUUCUCUAUAAUUAUAUUUUUUUAAUUGUCCAUAUGUGUGUAAGCAGUGUGUGCAUGAGAAAAUCUGUUAUGUGUUUGGUAAAACAAUGAACUCCAUAAUGUAUAGCUCCCUGAUAUCCUUUUGUACUUAGCAUUUUGAAGCACAGGGAAUAAAACCUCAUUUGUGUAUAA